AACUCGAACAUGUCGUCAUUAGAAGCAUUUACAGAGAGGAAGGAGGAGGAGUUGGGAUUUGGAUUCAGAAAAAAAAGUUUUUAACUAAAAAUAGGGUGUUUGCUAAAUAUAUUUAUGUGAAUCUUCCUGGUUUCUCUCACACCCUCUUUCUUCUUUUAGCUUUUUCCGACAAAACCAUCAUCCAACUCUGUCUCUCUCUCUCCUCUCUCUCUUCUUACAAACCCAGAAUGCCUUCUCUCUCUCCCUCUCCUCUCUCGUUGGACGUCUAAAAGAAUCGACCCCUCACCCCUCUCUCUCUUUCUCCCCGAGCCGUCCGUCCGUCCAUGGCCCAUCAUCCCCGUCGAGAGUCCUUCUCGGUUCCUCUCUCUAACUUGGGUUCCACGGUGGUGUGUCAGGACACCGAUCUCCUCUGGCCGUUCGGAAAGCUUGACGGGCUUGACCGCGAUGACAUCCGGGAGACCGCCUAUGAGAUCUUCUUCACGGCGUGUCGUUCCUCGCCCGGGUUCGGAGGCAAGACCGCUCUCACAUUCUAUUCCUCCCACAGCAGCAGCGACGGUGACAAUCAUGGCGACGGGGGAGGGGGAGGUGGGCCCAGGUCACCGGCCGGGUCAGGGUUCGGGUCUAUGGGGAGAAAAGAGGUGGUGACCACGCCGACGAGUCGUGUGAAACGCGCCUUAGGGUUGAAGAUGCUUAAAAGGUCGCCUUCCAGACGGAUGUCGACUAUGGGGGCGGUUGGUGGGGCCGGGUCAGCUCCGGUUUCUCCGGCAGGUGGUGGCGGUGGCAUGGGUCAUAUUAGCCCUGGAGCCGGGUUCUUGACCGUACCGCCUGUACGGCCGAGAAGACCGUUAACCUCGGCGGAGAUCAUGAGGCAACAGAUGAGAGUGACGGAGCAGAGUGACACUCGCCUUCGGAAAACCCUAAUGAGGACACUUGUUGGCCAAACGGGAAGGCGAGCAGAGACGAUAAUCCUUCCACUAGAGCUUCUCCGACACCUGAAAGCCUCCGAGUUCAACGACACGCACGAGUACCAGCUAUGGCAACGAAGACAGCUCAAAGUCCUCGAAGCCGGUCUUCUCCUUCACCCAUCGAUCCCUCUCGACAAAACCAACAACUUCGCCAUGCGAAUGCGCGAAAUUGUCAGGCAGAGCGAGUCGAAACCUAUCGAUGCCAGCAAAAACUCUGACACCAUGAGAACUUUGACCAACGUUGUUGUCUCCCUGUCAUGGCGCAGCACCAACGGUAACCCCACCGAUGUCUGUCACUGGGCCGACGGUUAUCCUCUGAACAUCCACCUCUACGUGGCGCUGUUACAAUCGAUCUUCGACGUCAGGGACGAGACUUUGGUGUUGGACGAAGUGGAUGAGCUCUUGGAGCUGAUGAAGAAGACAUGGUCAACACUUGGGAUAACUCGGGCAAUACACAACUUAUGUUUCACGUGGGUUUUGUUUCAUCAGUAUGUCGUGACUUUGCAAAUGGAGCCGGACUUGCUCGGUGCCUCACACGCCAUGUUGGCCGAGGUGGCUAAUGACGCCAAGAAGCUCGACCGCGAGGCUCUAUACGUGAAGCUACUGACCUCGACGUUGGCCUCCAUGCAAGGAUGGACCGAGAAAAGGUUGUUGAGUUACCAUGAUUAUCUCCAACGUGGGAAUAUGGGAUUGAUCGAGAAUCUUCUGCCAUUGGCUCUAUCGUCGUCGAAGAUACUGGGCGAGGAUGUUACGAUCUCUCAGGGGAAAGGGCAAGAGAAAGGAGAUGUGAAACUGGUGGAUUACUCGGGAGAUCGAGUCAGUUACUAUAUCAGAGCAUCGAUAAAAAAUGCGUUCUCGAAGGUGAUAGAGAGCACCAAAGGCAGGUUCGAGGCGACAACUGAGGAAGGAGAGAAAGCGGCGGCAGACAUGCUGCUGCAACUGGCCAAGGAGACAGAGGAACUGGCGCUGCGAGAACGCGAGUGUUUCAGCCCUAUACUCAAACGCUGGCACUCGGUUGCGGCCGGGGUCGCGUCCGUGAGCCUUCACCAGUGCUAUGGCUCGGUCUUGAUGCAAUACUUGGCCGGAAGGUCGGUGAUCACCAAAGAAAUUGUCGAGGUUCUGCAUACGGCCGGGAAGCUUGAGAAGGUUCUGGUUCAGAUGGUGGCCGAAGAUUCCGAGGAAUGUGACGAUGGAGGAAAAGGGCUUGUACGAGAGAUGGUUCCUUACGAGGUUGACUCAAUUAUCUUGCGACUUUUGAGGCAGUGGAUCGAAGAGAAGCUGAAGAGAGUUCAAGAGUGCUUAUACAGGGCAAAGGAAACCGAAACAUGGAACCCGAAAUCGAAAUCAGAGCCCUAUGCACAAUCCGCUGGGGAAUUGAUGAAGCUAGCGAAGGAUACUGUCGAUGAAUUCUUCGAGGUACCGAUUGGAAUCACAGAAGAUCUCGUCCAUGAUCUUGCCGAAGGACUGGAACAACUCUUUCAAGAGUACACUACCUUCGUUGCAUCUUGUGGAUCAAAACAGAGUUACAUUCCCACUCUUCCACCACUCACAAGAUGCAACAGAGACUCGACGUUUGCAAAGCUUUGGAAGAUAGCCACGCCAUGCACGGCGACCGGAGAAGAGCUCCACCACAAUAUCCCGGCCGCGUCGGAAGGUCACCACCCUCGGCCGUCCACGAGCCGUGGGACCCAACGGCUCUACAUCCGUCUCAACACGUUGCAGUUCCUCAGCUCAUACCUUCACUCCCUCAACAAGACACUCACUCUCAACCCGAGGGUCCUCCCCGCAACACGAAAACGUUAUCGCCAUAGAGGCAACUCGUCCUCUUACUUCGAUUUCACCUACGCUGCCAUCGAAUCCGCUUGCCUACACGUCUCUGAAGUCGCGGCCUAUAGAUUGAUCUUCUUGGACUCGAACUCCGUUUUCUACGAGACCCUCUACGUCGGCGAUGUCCCCAACUCGAGGAUCAGACCCGCGUUGAGGAUCUUGAAACAGAAUAUAACGUUAAUGUCGGCGAUUUUAGCGGAUCGAGCUCAAGCCAUGGCGAUGAGGGAGGUGAUGAAAGCGUCAUUCGAGGCGUUCUUGAUGGUUUUACUCGCGGGAGGACAUUCCCGGGUGUUUUACAGGGCGGAUCACGGUCUGAUCGAGGAAGAUUUCAACAACUUGAAGAAGGUUUUUUGCACCUGCGGAGAAGGAUUGAUUCCGGAGGAAAUAGUGGACAGAGAGGCCGAGACGGUGGAAGGAGUGAUCCAGCUGAUGAGUCAGCCGACAGAGCAGUUGAUGGAAGAUUUCAGCAUCGUGACGUGCGAGACGAGUGGCAUUGGAAUGGUCGGAGCCGGACAUAAGCUUCCGAUGCCGCCGACGACAGGGCGGUGGAACCGGUCGGAUCCGAACACGAUCUUGCGAGUUCUCUGUCACAGGAACGAUCGGGUGGCUAAUCAUUUUCUGAAGAAGGCGUUCCAGUUGGCCAAGAGGAGAUGAAUUUGUGCCAUGGGAGGAAAAGGGGAGGGGUGAAAAUGGUAAUUAAUUGCUUUGUAAGGGGCAGAAGUGUAAGUCUGCAAAGUUUGUAAAUGUUUCUAAUCGUAUGGAAGUUGGUUCGAGUGUGUGGUGUCGUUCCUAAGAAGAAUUUGUUGAUUCUUUUUUUUUAUUA